AUGGGGUGCCUGCAGGCACGUGGGGUGCUGCUGCUCCCCGCACUCCUGGUGGCGGCGGCAGUGUGCUUGGUGCCGCUCAUCAGCAGCGUCGUUGGAGAGGUGACGCUGGUGGAGGAUGAUGCGGGCGCGUUUCACAUCAACACCAGCGAUCCAAUGAGCCAGCCCGUGUUCGUGAACGGGAUGAAUGUGCACGAGACGCUCGGCAUGUUGAUGAGUACUGUGUCGGCGCAGCAGAGCCUGAACGCUGCGCAGGAGGGCGUGAUCGAUGCACAACGGAGUGCGAUUUCGGCUCAGCAGAGGGCGAUUGACCGUGUCCGUGGCGAAGUGUGCACCCCAAGUGCCACGACGUUUGGUCAGCUUGACUCACUGAGUGCGAAGUGGCUUGGGGGUGUGGUGGCCAACAACGGCCUGAUCUAUGCCGUACCAUACCACUCUCCUUCUGUGCUCAUCGUCGACCCCACCACCAACACCGUCGACACGACCACCAUCUCCGGACUUGGAACGGACUACGGCAAAUGGGCUGGUGCCGUGCUCGCACACAACAGCCUGAUUUACAUGUUUGCAUCAGACAGGGAGACGAUGCUCAUCAUCGAUCCAGACACCAAUACGGCUGACACUACAAGCAUCCACUCGCUCGGUUCUGGCACCUCCAAGUGGUGGAGUGGCGUGGUGGCAAGCAACGGUCUCAUCUUCGGUGUCCCAUACUUCGACGACGCUGUGCUGGUCAUUGAUCCAGAGACAAAUACGACAGACACCACCACGCUGUCCGGGCUGUGGAGCCAGAGCUCGAAAUGGUAUGACGGUGUUGAGGCAGACAACGGCCUCAUCUACUGCAUUCCCACUGUGCCUUCCUCUGUCCUCAUCAUCAACCCAGAGUCCCUGACAAUGGACCUCACAACCAUCAGUGGGCUUGGCUCCAUGGAAUACAAGUGGUGGGGCGGUGUGCUGGCAAGGAACGGGCUCAUCUACACAAUACCAAUUUACUCAGCAACUACGCUCGUCAUCAACCCGGCCACCAACAUCGCGGAUAAGCUCGUCAUUGCAGAUGCGACAUCGGGUUACAGGUGGAUCGGCGGCGUGCUUGCACCCAACGGCAACAUCAUUGGCAUCCCAGUCAGCUCGUCGUCAGUCCUCAUCUUCGAUCCAGCCACCAAUGCGACAGACACAACAACCAUCAACGAUCUUUCAGGGCUUGGCAAGUGGUACGGUGGCGUGCUCGCUCCAAACGGCCUCAUCUAG